AUGGUCACGUAAUUAGUGCGAAGGAGUUUUUUUCGACAACACAAAAAGCAGCUCCACUACUUCCGUAGCCGUGUUUCCCUUUAACCCUAUUUCGCCUCCGCAAUUUCCCCAUGGAUUCAGGCGGCGGCGGACCCAAUAAUUCCCGGUACCAGCGAAAAUUGCCGUCGUCCGAUCGUCUCCUCGGCAUUUUCUCCACCGCUCACUCACAAUCCCAACCCUCUAUAUCCACCUAUGCUUCGACUUCCGCCGCCGAAGUUGAGCUCAGCGAGCACGACAUUUUUGACGCAUCCUCCGAUGCAAUUCAUCACUCCACUCCUUCAACUUCAACAAGCCCGAACGCUAAUUAUCAUCGGUCCCCUAACCAUCUCUCCCACCACAAACAUUUCGGUAUCCUAGCCGCGUUGCCGGAGUCUGAGUCCCACGCGCAGGCUUUGCUCUCCGUUUCUUCAUCCUCCUCGUCUUCCUCCACGUCGUCGGCUCGUUUGAUUCCUACAAUUCCUAAACGGCCGCCAGUGGAUCGGGUUAAAUAUCUCCAGUCCGCACCGGUGAAUGUUCCUGUAAUGUCAGCAGCAGCGCGCCGAAGAGGCAGGCAUUUCGACGAUGUUGAUGAUGAUGUGGACGGUGGUAAGAUGUUACCACCGCAUGAAAUUGUUGCGUCGAGAAAAACACCAAUUUUGGCCUCCUCUGUGGUUGAGGGAGCUGGGAGGAAGUUGAAAGGGAGGGAUUUGAGGCAAGUCCGAGAUGCUAUUUUGCAGAAGACAGGUUUUCUUACCUGACUUUUCUAGUAAAUUUGAGAUAAUUGUUAGGUUUCUUCUUGAAUUUGUAUCAGUAUCAGGGCUGACUGAUAAGCUAUGAUUAGAAAGUAUCCGCAGUAAUAAGUUACAUUGUCA